AGUCUGCAAAAAGGGUGGCUGGCCCCAGAGAAUGACCUCAUAUAAUGUGCGUCGAGGGGUAUUAAACAAGCUAGACGGGGAUCCGAAUACAUCAUCUGCACAGAGAAAUCAAAUCGCAGGUCAAGGCAAUUCCGCGGUCUUUACUAAGUCAUAUCUAUCACUUCACUCAGCUGUGGUUGUUGAAAGAGUUUUUAAAGGUCGAGCAACGCGUGUUAAAAAUGAAGACGACGAUGAUGAUGAUGACGACGUAAGAGGUAUGCGACUCUUGAGAGACCGGAGCGCACCUCCAACUUUACCAGACCACCUCUGGGAACGAAUCAUGCAGGCGGAUAGAGAUUUGCAAACCAUCGGCGAGAAUCGACAACUCGUUCGACAACUCGUUCGCCGAGAAUUAGCUUUGCCAAGUGCUGAGGGUUCCGCAACCAAGAUAGCAGCUCUUCAGAGGGAGCUUUAUAACUCCAACAGAAAGUUCGAUCAGCGAAAGCAGAACCUGAAAAGGCAAGAGUACCUCAAGUUUAGGGCCGAAUGGUUUAAAUCGCGAGCCUCGAAAAUUCUCGCGUCCUCGAACGAAUCCCAGUUACAGAAACCGAUUACGGCCACUGAAUUCUCCCCAGCCAGGAAGGCUGUCAUGGAGGCGUUGUACCCAACGGAUCCUAGCAAACUCUCAAUGUUCUCUGCCGCAAAGGCACUCAUCUUCUUUGUCGAAACCUCGGAUGGAGUACGUGCUAGUAUUGCUAGUGGAAGGAAGAGCCGGCUUGAUCCUGCCAUUUUACCAGCUAAGAAGAGGAGACAGGGAGACUCGAUGACCUUUAUUGCCUGCUCGCCGACGAUUUAGGUUGUAGAAUCUAAUUUAAAAUGGCGACAGUCAUUUGCUGUCACAUAUUUGCUAUAGGGGAUAGGGGAAAUAGGCUGCGAGAACGAGGUUGUCUCUGUCGUGGGAUGUCUUGUUCCAUCGAAAAUGCAUUUCUUUCGGGCACAAUUGGCG